GCGGAGCCGUGGGGAGCGCCGCAGGUGGGGACGAGCCGGGCGGCACCUGCCCCGGGACCAGAGCGGACGCUCCCUCCCCGCUGCGCCGAGUGAGGGGAAACCCCAGGGGUUCCUUGGAGAAGGUGGUGCGUCCUGGGGCGGCAGCUGAGGAAGAAAGACGCAGUGCCCCGAAGCCCCUGAGCUGAAAAGGGCCAGAAAGGGGGCGGCAUGGCAUGGCCCAAACUGCCCGCACCUUGGCUGCUGCUCUGCACCUGGCUCCCAGCAGGGUGCCUGUCCUUGCUUGUGACGGUCCAGCACACAGAACGCUAUGUCACCCUGUUUGCCUCUAUCAUCCUCAAAUGUGACUACACCACCUCUGCCCAACUCCAGGACGUGGUGGUGACAUGGCGCUUCAAGUCCUUCUGCAAGGACCCUAUCUUUGACUACUACUCAGCGUCAUACCAGGCAGCUUUAUCCCUGGGCCAGGACCCAUCCAAUGACUGCAACGACAACCAGCGGGAAGUUCGCAUCGUGGCCCAGCGGCGGGGGCAGAAUGAGCCCGUGCUGGGGGUAGAUUACCGGCAGCGCAAGAUCACCAUCCAGAACCGAGCAGAUCUCGUGAUUAAUGAAGUGAUGUGGUGGGACCAUGGAGUGUAUUACUGCACCAUUGAGGCUCCAGGGGACACAUCAGGAGACCCCGAUAAGGAAGUAAAGCUCAUCGUCCUACACUGGCUGACAGUGAUCUUCAUCAUCCUGGGAGCCCUCCUCCUCCUGCUGCUGAUUGGAGUGUGCUGGUGCCAGUGCUGUCCUCAGUAUUGCUGCUGCUAUAUCCGCUGUCCCUGCUGUCCCGCCCACUGCUGCUGUCCUGAGGAAGAUUUGUCCCUGCGGUCCAGCCUCCCACAGAUGCCAAUGACCCAGACCACCAAUCACCCUCCCAUCGCCAAUGGUGUCCUGGAGUAUUUGGAGAAAGAACUGCGGAACCUCAACCUGGCCCAGCCUCUGCCCUCUGACCUCAAAGGCAGAUUUGGCCAUCCCUGCAGCAUGCUGUCCUCCCUGGGCUCUGAGGUCGUGGAACGCAGAAUCAUCCACCUGCCCCCACUGAUCAGAGACCUGUCAUCCUCAAGGAGGACCAGUGACUCCCUGCACCAGCAGUGGCUCACCCCAAUUCCCUCCAGGCCUUGGGAUCUGAGGGAGGGGAGAAGGCAGCACCAUUACCCUGAUUUCCACCAGGAGCUCCAGGACCGGGGGCCAAAGUCUUGGGCAUUGGAAAGAAGGGAGUUGGACCCAUCGUGGAGUGGAAGGCACCGUAGCUCUAGGCUGAAUGGGUCACCCAUACACUGGUCAGACAGGGACAGCCUAAGCGAUGUCCCCUCGUCCAGUGAGGCACGCUGGCGGCCGAGCCACCCUCCUUUCAGGAGCCGCUGUCAGGAGAGGAGCCGCUGUCAGGAGAGGCCCCGCAGGCCCAGCCCCUGGGAGAGCACUCAGAGGCACGGGAGACGACGCAGGCACCGCAGCUACUCUCCUCCCUUGCCUUCCGGCCUCAGUUCCUGGAGCUCUGAAGAGGACAAGGAGAGGCAGCCCCAGAGCUGGCAGGCCCACCCCCGCCGCUCGCACUCCCGACACUGGCCCGAGGAGAAGCCGCCUAGCUACCACUCACUGGAUAUCACUCCAGGCAAGAAUAGCAGGAAAAAAGGGAGUGUGGAGAGGCGCUCGGUGAGCCUGGGGCAUCCUGCUGAGGGUUGGGCAUGGGCAGAGAGGAGCCUCCAGCCAGGCAUGACCACAGCCAACACAGGCUGCCUCUCAUUCCGCCACAGAGGGUGCCUCCUCCCUGUUUUGCCCAAAUUACACUGUGGGCUAGUUGGACUACCUCUUGUUAGAGCUAAAGAAAUCAAGCGAGUGCAGAGGGCAGGGGAGAGUUCGCUGCCUGUGGUGGGCCUUCUCACCGUCGCUUCGGCUGUCAUCGCAGUCCUGUGGGGCAGGCCAAGCGAGGUCACAAGAGAAAAUGAGGCUCAGCAUGAUUAAGCACCUUGCAAGCCAUGAGCUAGGACUUGAAUGCAGGCUGUUGUGGCUAGAGCCUCACCUCCCUUCACAGCUGCUUUGCUUUCUUUACUUAGCAACCCAUUUCCAUACCCCAAAUUAGAACACUGGGUCUGACAGAAGACGCUUGUUAAGUCAGCAUUGCAAGGCCCUGGUAUAUAUGAGGUUGGGACCCUCUGAGACAUCCCCUGGAAAGGACCAUUAAACUGAUUUUUAAAACCCUGAUAUUCCAUAUAUGGGCCAAAACAUUAAGAUUCUGUGAAUAGGCAAGAUGCCAAUGGGUGCCAGACAUAGUUAAAAGGGGAACACAGAAGGAAGUAGGCCUUUAGGGCUCCUAGAUACAGAUCUUUUGUAUUUUUUUAAAGAAGUGACUUUAAAAAUUAUUUGGGGGUGGGUGUGGUGAUUCAUGCCUGUAAUCCUAGCACUUUGGGAGGCCGAGGCGGGUGGAUCACCUGAGGUCAGGAGUUCAAGACCAGCCUGGCCAACAUGGUGAAACCGUGUCUCUACUAAAAAUACAAAAAAUUAGCCGGGUGUGGUGGCGGGUGCCUGUAAUCCCAGUUACUCGGGAGGCGGAGGCAAGAGAAUCACUUGAAUCUGGGAAGAGGAGGUUGCAGUGAGCUGAGAUCGUGCCAUUGCACUCCAGCCUGGGUGACAAGAGCAAAACUCUGUCUCAAAAAAAAAAAUUAUAAUUAAUACAUCCAAAUGACAGCAUUCCUUUAAUGUUGCCACUUUGCAAAGAUAUGUUGCCAUUGCUCAAAAACAUUAAUAAACUGCCUCAGAGCCAACUUACAGGCUACCCAUGAAGAUCUUUUCUCUAUUUGACCAAAAUCCUUUUCUCUUUUGCUUCUGUUGAGAUAGUCAAAGGUAUAUGCAGUAACUCUGAAAUAAGUUCCCGGAGCAGAGAGAUAUUAUAAAAGAAGAAGUGUAGUCUGUCACAGGCUUUGAAGGAUACAACUCUCAUUUGGAAGUACAUGUUCUGCUGUGAGUUUUUUAAAAACUCAGUCAUAUACAUGGUGUGUGCAAAGGAGCAGGCCUCUUAGGAGAGCCACUGUGCUGCUCUUUCUAGAGCAGAGCCUUGGUGAGAGAGUGAUUUGUGAGGAAGGUAGCAAAGACCAGCAGACAUUUCUGUAAUAAUCAAUGGCAAUUAUGUCAUCUUCUCACAGAUGUCCCUUGAGUGACAAGGAUCAAUAAAAUAGUGAAAAUAGC